UCGGUUUCCCCAAGAAGAUGUCGACGCUGACGUUUCCCUCUCCCCUGCCGUCCCCAUCGGAGGAUUGCGAGCAGCUCCACAAGGCCUUCGAAGGAUGGGGCACCAACGAGGGCUUGAUCAUCUCCGUCCUCGCCCACCGGCCCGCCGCCCACCGCCGCGAGAUCCGCCGCGCCUACGCCGAGAUCUACGGCGAGGACCUCCUCAAGCCCCUCGACAAGGAGCUCACCCGAGACUUCGAGAGAGCGGUGCUGCUGUGGGUGCUGGACGCGGCGGAGAGGGACGCCGUGCUGGCGAAUGAGGUCGUGAGGAAAUGGAGCCCCGGCAACCGGGUGUUGAUCGAGAUCGCGGUGGUGAGGAAGACGGAAGAGCUGCUCGCGGCCAAGAGGGCUUACCAGGUUCGGUUCAAGCGGUGCCUCGAGGAGGACGUCGCGGCUCAUACUCGCGAUGAAUACAGAAAGCUUCUCGUACCACUUGUAAGCACAUACCGCUACGAGGGAGCUGAGGUGGACAAGUCCCUGUCGAAAUCAGAGGCGAAAAUACUGCAUCAGAAGAUUAAGGAUAAUGACUACAGCCAUGAAGACGUGAUUAGGAUUCUCACGACGAGGAGCAAAGCACAACUGCUUGCAACAUUCAAUGACUACCACAAUGAGUUUGGCAAUCCGAUCAAUAAGGAUUUGAAGGCUGAUCCCAAGAACGAGUUCCUUUCAGCAAUGAGGGCCAUCAUUCGCUGCAUUAUAUGCCCUGAGAAAUAUCUUGAGAAGGUCAUCCGGCUUGCCAUUAGCAAAACGGGAACAGAUGAAGGGGCUCUCUCUCGAAUCAUUACCACUCGUGCAGAGGUGGAUAUGAAACAGAUCAAGGAUCUGUACUACAAGAGGAACAGUGUGGCCCUUGAUAGUGCUGUAAAGAAGGACACUAGUGGAGAUUUUGAGGACUUUCUUCUUGCACUGAUUGGACAUGAAGGGGCCUGAGUUCCGAGAUCAAGAUAUGCUUUUGGGUUUUGGUUACCAACUCACUUCAUAUCUCUUUUUGUGAUGAAUAAAAUGUUUGCGGUUCUAUGAGAUGCUCAGUACAAAUACUCGUAGACCUACAGAGUUGACCCUGAACUAUGCAUCAUUAUCUUCCAAGUUCUUGUAUUAAUUUCUCCA